CCCGCUGUCCUCCAGGACAUGGCGCGCGUGAAGUCCGGGUCUCGCGGCCGCAAAGGCCGCCUGUGAGUCGGCGAGCAGAGGACCGAGUGGGAGCGCGAUCGCGCGCACGAUGCUUGUCCGGGCCGAGGCGAGAGCGGCUUGGCGCGCGGUGGCUCCGGCUCUGCUGCUGCUCCCCGCCGUGCUUGCAGCCGUUCCGCCGCGCCCCCUGCGCCCGCUGCAGCCGAGCAUGCCCCACGUGUGUGCCGAGCAGAAGCUGACCCUGGUGGGCCACCGCCAGCCCUGUGUGCAAGCCUUCAGUCGCAUAGUGCCCGUGUGGAGAGCAGGCUGUGGGCAGCAGGCAUGGUGUAUUGGCCAAGAGCGCAGGACUGUCUACUAUAUGAGCUAUAGGCAGGUGUAUGCCACGGAGGCCCGCACUGUGUUCAGGUGCUGUCCGGGGUGGAGCCAGAAGCCUGGCCAGGAGGGGUGCCUCUCAGAUGUCGACGAGUGUGCCAAUGCCAACGGGGGCUGUGAAGGCCCUUGCUGCAACACCGUGGGUGGUUUUUACUGCCGCUGUCCACCCGGCUACCAGCUCCAGGGUGAUGGCAAAACCUGCCAAGAUGUGGAUGAGUGUCGUGCACACAACGGUGGCUGCCAGCAUAGGUGUGUGAAUACCCCUGGCUCUUACCUCUGUGAGUGCAAGCCUGGCUUCCGGCUCCACACAGAUGGCAGGACCUGCCUAGCCAUCAGCUCUUGCACGCUGGGAAACGGUGGCUGCCAACAUCAGUGUGUCCAGCUCACGGUGACGCAGCACCGCUGCCAGUGCCGGCCCCAGUACCAGCUGCAGGAGGAUGGCCGGCGCUGUGUCCGGAGAAACCCGUGUGAGGAUGGCAAUGGUGGCUGUAUGCACAUAUGCCAGGCACUCCGGGGCCUUGCCCACUGCGGCUGUCACACAGGUUACCAGCUUGCUGCAGACCACAAGGCCUGUGAAGACGUGGAUGAAUGUGCCACCGGGCUGGCCCAGUGUGCUCACGGCUGCCUCAACACCCAGGGAUCCUUUAAGUGUGUAUGCCACGCAGGCUAUGAGCUGGGUGCCGACGGCCGGCAGUGCUACCGGAUCGAGAUGGAGAUUGUGAACAGCUGCGAGGCUGGCAAUGGCGGCUGCUCACAUGGCUGCAGUCACACUAGCACGGGACCCCUGUGCACCUGCCCUCACGGUUAUGAGUUGGAUGAAGACCAGAAGACCUGCAUUGACAUCGACGACUGUGCCAACUCCCCGUGCUGCCAGCAGGUGUGUGCCAACACCCCUGGGGGGUACGAGUGCAACUGCUACGCUGGCUACCGGCUCAACCCUGAUGGCUGUGCGUGUGAGGAUAUUGACGAGUGUGCCUUGGGUCAUAGCGGCUGUGAGCAUCACUGUGCUAAUCUGGCUGGCUCCUUCCAGUGCUUCUGUGAGGCUGGUUACCAGCUGGACGAGGACCGCAGAGGCUGCACCCCCCUAGAAGAGUCCGUGGUAGACCUGGAUGGCCAGCUGCCCUUCGUGCGGCCCCUGCCCCACAUCGCGGUGCUGCGGGACGAGCUGCCACAACUCUUCCAGGGUGACUAUGGGGCCGAGGAGGAGGCAGCGGAGUUGCGGGGAGAACACACACUCACUGAGAAGUUUGUCUGCCUGGACCACUCCUUCGGCCAUGACUGCAGCCUGACCUGCAAUGACUGCAAGAAUGGAGGGACCUGCUUUCCGGGCCUGGGAGGCUGUGACUGCCCAGAGGGCUGGACAGGGAUCGUCUGCAAUGAGACUUGUCCUCCAGACACCUUCGGGAAGAACUGUAGCUCUCUCUGCACCUGUCAGAACGGUGGUACCUGCGACCCGGUGUCAGGAGCCUGCCGCUGUCCCCCGGGUGUCAGUGGAGCCCACUGUGAGGAUGGCUGCCCCAAGGGCUUCUAUGGCAAACAUUGCCGUAAGAAAUGUCACUGUGCUAACCGGGGCCGAUGCCACCGCCUCUAUGGGGCCUGCCUCUGUGACCCAGGACUCUACGGCCGCUUCUGCCAUCUUGCCUGUCCUCCCUGGGCCUUUGGCCCCGGCUGUUCUGAGGAUUGUCGCUGUGAGCAGUCACACACACAGUCCUGUAACCCAAAGGACGGAAGCUGCUCCUGCAGGGCUGGCUUCCGGGGCGAGCACUGCCAGGAAGCGUGUGAGCCAGGCUUCUUUGGGCCAGGCUGCAGACACCAUUGCUCCUGCCCACCGGGUGUGGCCUGCGACCCUGUGAGCGGCGAGUGUCGGACACAGUGUCCUCCUGGCUACCAGGGGGAGGACUGUAGCCAAGAGUGCCCAGAAGGAACAUUUGGUGUGAACUGCUCAGGUUCCUGCUCCUGUGUGGGGGCUCCCUGCCACCGGGUCACAGGACAGUGUCUGUGCCCACCGGGGAAGACGGGGGAGGACUGUGGAGCAGAUUGUCCCGAGGGCCGUUGGGGGCUUGGCUGUCAGGAGAUCUGCCCUGCGUGCGAACACGGUGCCAGCUGUGACCCUGGGACCGGAGUCUGCCUGUGCCUCCCUGGCUUUGUUGGUAGCCGCUGCCAGGAUGCUUGCCCAGCUGGCUGGUUUGGAACUGGCUGCCAGAUGAGGUGUGCUUGUGCCAACGACGGGCACUGCCACGCAGCCACUGGACGCUGUAGCUGUGCUCCUGGGUGGACUGGUCUCAGCUGCCAGAGAGCCUGUGACAGUGGACGUUGGGGGCCCGACUGCAUCCACGCUUGCAACUGCACUGCAGGCCAUGGGAGCUGUGAUGCCAUCAGUGGCCUAUGCCUGUGCGAGGCUGGCUACGAAGGUCCUCGUUGUGAGCAGUGGUGUCGCCAGGGGUACUUUGGGCCUAACUGUGAACAGAAGUGCAAGUGUGAGCAUGGGGCAACCUGUGACCAUGUCAGCGGGGCCUGUACCUGCCCGGCCGGCUGGAGGGGAAGCUUCUGUGAACAUGCCUGCCCCGCUGGCUUCUUCGGGAUAGACUGCGCCCACGCCUGUAACUGCUCUGCUGGGGCCACCUGCGAUGCUGUGACCGGCUCCUGCAUCUGCCCAGCUGGCCGCUGGGGCUCACGCUGCGCCCAGACUUGCCCAUCCCUCACUUAUGGGCUUAACUGCAGCCAGAUUUGUACCUGUUUCAACGGGGCCUCCUGUGACCCUGUCCAUGGGCAAUGCCACUGUGCCCCUGGCUGGAUGGGACCCACCUGCCUGCAGGCCUGCCCUGCUGGCCUAUACGGCAAGGACUGUCAGCAUUCCUGUCUUUGCCGCAACGGAGGGAGCUGUGACCCCAUCUCGGGCCAGUGCACGUGCCCAGAGGGCUGGACCGGCUUGGCCUGUGAGAAAGAGUGCCUUCCUGGACACUAUGGAGCUGGCUGUCAGCUCAGCUGCAGUUGCCUUAACGGAGGCAUAUGUGACCGGCUCACAGGCCGCUGUCUCUGCCCAGCGGGCUGGACUGGGGACAAGUGUCAGAGCCCCUGUGCCAAGGGCAUGUUUGGAGUUCACUGUGAAGAGCAUUGUGCCUGCCGGAGAGGUGCCACCUGCCACCAUGUCACCGGGGCCUGCCUCUGUCCCCCAGGAUGGAGGGGCACACAGUGCGAGGAUGCCUGCCCACGUGGCUGGUUUGGAGAGGCCUGUGCCCAGCGUUGCCGCUGCCCACCUGGUGCCCCCUGCCACCAUGUUACUGGGGAGUGCCAUUGUCCCCCUGGCUUCACUGGACCUGGCUGUGAGCAGGCCUGCCAGCCUGGCACCUUUGGAAAGGACUGUGGGCACCUAUGCCAAUGUCCUGGUGAGACCUGGACCUGCCACCCUGCUUCAGGGGCCUGCCUAUGUGCUGCUGGUUACCAUGGCACUGAUUGUCAGCAACGAUGCCCACCUGGGCGCUAUGGGCCAGGCUGUGAACAAGUUUGUAAGUGUCUCAAUGGUGGCUCUUGCGACACGGCCACGGGAGCCUGCUACUGCCCUCCUGGAUUCCUGGGGUCUGACUGCAGUCUCGCCUGUCCCCAGGGUCGCUUCGGCCCCGGCUGUACCCAUGUGUGUGCAUGUGGGCAAGGGGCGGCCUGUGAUCCUGUGUCAGGGACUUGUGUCUGUUCUCCUGGGAAGACUGGAGUCCACUGUGAACAUGGGUGUCCCCAGAAUCGGUUUGGCAAGGGCUGUGAGUUCCAGUGUGCCUGCAGGAAUGGCGGCCUGUGUCAUGCUACUAAUGGCAGCUGUUCCUGCCCGCUGGGCUGGAUGGGGCCACACUGCGAGCAGGCCUGCCCUGCUGGGCACUAUGGUGCCGCCUGCCUCCUCAAGUGCUCCUGUCAGAACAACGGCACGUGUGAGCCCACCAUGGGGACCUGCCACUGUGGUCCUGGCUUCUAUGGUCGAGCUUGUGAGCACUCCUGCCCUCCUGGCUUCCACGGAUCUGGUUGCCAGGGAGUCUGUGAGUGUCAACAGGGAGCCUCCUGCGACCCUGUCAGCGGCCAAUGCCUCUGCCCCACUGGCUUUCACGGCCAGUUCUGCGAGAAGGGGUGCCAGCCAGGCUUUUUUGGAGAUGGUUGCCAGCAGCAGUGUGACUGCCACAAAGGGGUGCCCUGUGAUCCCGUCAGCGGCCUCUGCCUUUGCCCGCCAGGGCGUACAGGAGCCACAUGUGACCUGGAUUGCAGAAGGGGCCGCUUUGGGCCGGGCUGUGCCCUGCGCUGUGACUGUUGGGGUGGGGCUGACUGCGACCCCAUCAGUGGGCAGUGCCAUUGUGUGGACGGCUACACAGGGCCCACUUGCCGGGAAGGUGAGUCAGGUUCUCAGGGGAGGAACCGAAGACUUCCCUGCCCCUGGCCAGGAGCCCACCCCUUGUCCUAAUACCACCACCAAGUGAGAAACUCAGCCAUCCCUUCCUGGCACCCACAGAGUGCACACAGCUAGUGGUGGGUGAGUAGGCCUCAAGCCAGUUCCCGUGGGCAAGAAUGGGACGCACUGCCAGCCUGGAGCACCAGCCUUUACCCUCGAGUGACCUGCAGGUUCCGUGGGAUCUCACAGAUCCCUAUGCAGGCGGGGCUGGAUGAUUCAGGACAUGUGGGUGCUGUGUGCCCACAUAUCUGUGAGCAGCAUUGUAUGCAUGCUAAUCAGUACAUGCAUGUACACCAGCGUGUUGCGAGAUAGUGCAUGUGUCCAUGUGCCAGUACACCAGAGCAGCGACACAAGCGUGUGAGGCAGGCUUGCUGUGUACACCUGUGUAUUUGAAUGUACUGUGUACAUGCUUCAGGCGUAUGUCCUCUUGGUGCGUGUCUUCCUAGUGUGUAUGCCCCAGGUGUGUGUGCACUCCAGAUAUGUCUUCCUGAUACAUGAGUGUUCCAGGUAUGCAUCUUCAUGGUGUAUGUGCUCAAGGUACAUGUUCUGUAAGGGUAUGCAUGGGCUUUAGGUAUGUAUUUUCAGGGUGCGUAUGUGUUCCAUGUAUACACUCUGCAGGUAUAAGUUUGAGCUAGGUAUGUGUUUCCCGGGUGUGUGUGUUCCGUGUGUACAUGGCUUCAGGUGUACAUGUGUGCCCACAUCUUUGUGCACCACGUACCUAUGCUUGCUCCUGUGAUGUCCAUGCACCAGGCAUGCAUGCAUACAUACUCUGUGGAAUUCAAGUGCGUAUGUUAUGGUGCAUACCUGUGCCAGGCAUGUAUGUUCCAGUACACGUGUGUGCACCAGACAUGCAUGUGUUCACAUGCUUUAUUAUAUACUAUGCCUGUGUGUACCCACGGCACCUCCCAUCCACGAGGUAGAGCUGGUUAUGCUGCACCCCGUGAAUGGCCACAGUCCGCAUGACAUCUCUUGUUGGCUCCCCAGGCCCAGUCUGUGGAGCGUGCUGGGACGGAUCUCUGUAGAGGGUAGGACAUGAAAGAGAGGAGGGCCUAGACCUAGGAGUCCUCAGCCUGAAGACAUUCAGUGCAGAUGGGAUACCGCCUGCAUCAUUUUUAGCCUCUCCAAGGUGGUCUGGCCUCAAACUACUAAGAGCCAUGCUGGGAGCUCGUGGGUAGGUGGGUAGGUUCAGGUUCAGGGUUAGGUUGCAAUUUGCUGACCAGUGCCUGUGUACAUAAUGCUAUCCACAGUGGCACCCAGUGGUCAAAUCUGGUACUACACCCAGGGCCUUGACUUGGCAUUUAGCAGAUCUCUGAGGAUGGGGCUGUGGGGGAGAGAGAGCAUUGGUGGCCCCUGGGAGUCCUGGGAUAGUCCUUUUCCCUGGGGUGAGCUUGGCUAAACCUUGGGUGAAGCUUUUCCCACCCAGCUUCAAAGCCCUGUCUCCCACCCUUCUUGGAAUUGACAGAGUGGGAGCUGAGCAGACCCCUCCCCCACUGCUCUUGUGAGCAUGGAAUGGAGAAGGUUAUGAUGGUGGCUGUGUGGGGUCCCUGUGGGCGUGGGCGAUUGAUGCCUUACUGGCCCAUUACUGGUGUCUACCCACGUGGACAACAUGAGCUGUCUAUGGCCCACCUCCCUGGGAGCCCAGAGUUCAUGUGGAGAUCACGCUUGCCCAGACACGCACGGCUCUCUGGUUAGGCCCAAGGGAGUAGCCCACACAGUGAUGAACAUCACUUCCCUUCCCUGUGCCUUGAGAACCUGAACCUUGGAGAUGGGACCGGACCACAGUGUGAGAGGAAUGGGCUAUUGCCUUUACCGGACUUGGCCAAUGAGGGAAGAAGGUCACCACCUUCAUCCUGGAAUUGGCCAUCUUGAGGAUUCCCACCGCACUUUGUGGCUGACCCUCCUUUCUUCCUGUGUCUCCAGUGGCCACACAGCCAUCCUCCGGCAGACCAGCACCCCAGCAACCCAGCAGCAGGGCCAUGAAGCAUUAGCUCAUGGAAGUCCCACAGAGGACCGCUACCGUGUUCCAGCCCAAUGGACCGAGAGGACAUGUGUGGACUCCUGGAUCCACACCUCCUCCGGGAAGCGAUGGAUCUCUGUGGAGGGCUGUGGAUGGUCGCACAGCUACCUACCAAGGCCUCGUGGCCAUGGGGAAGAAGUCUCCAGUGAACACAAGGAGCCCAGGGAAGAGGACCAGGCCUCAGGCCGCCAUGUACACGGGCACCCUCUGGGCUGUGCUGUGGAAUCCUGGCUCUCUUUUGGGACCUGGGUUGGGACCAAGGCUCCACCUGCCUGACAGGUCCUUCUGGUGCUAAGGCCGCGGACUGCUGCAGCCAGCCAACUGUUUACCUGGAAACGCCGUCCGGCCCGUAUUUAUGUAAAGGUAUUUAUGGGCAAUUCCACUUGCCAUUGCGGCCCUGGGUCAGCUGGAAGCCCCCAUCCCGGAAGCUUGGACUCAGGCCGCUGGGCCGUGGGAUCUCCAGUUUUGUAAAGUCCCGAGAGUUAAAGGCACACUGGUGUCCUCGUG